AUGGAGAAACCCGUGGCCCAACGCGACUCUAACAGCGACCGCUCCCCUUCUGAUCACGAGAAACACGUGGAGAAGGACCCAAGAGCUGCAUUGGAUGAGGAGGUUCCAGAUCCAGAUGCGGGCCUGAGCGAAGAAGAGCGGCAGAAGAUCGAUCGCAGGCUUCUCUGGAAGCUCGAUAUCCGCCUCAUUCCAUGGCUCUGCUUACUCUAUUUGAUCUCAUUCCUUGACCGUACCAACAUUGGAAAUGCCAAAAUCGAAGGUCUUCAGGAAGAUCUGAAGAUGUCCAACAACGAGUACAAUAACACGCUCACCAUCUUCUUUAUCUCUUACUCACUGAGUGAGCCGUUGACCCAGAUCUUGCUGAAAUACUUCCGGCCUUCUAUCUUCUUACCGGUGACCAUGAUCCUGUGGGGCAUAUGCAUGACCACCAUGGGUCUUGUGCACGACUACGGCGGGCUCUUGACUGUACGAUGGUUUCUGGGCUUGACCGAGGCCGGACUCUUCCCGGGAGUCAACUAUUACCUUAGUUGCUGGUAUCGCCGUAGAGAGUUCGGAAUCCGCGCCGCCAUCUUCUUCUCCGCCGCCGCAUUAGCAGGAUCAUUUGGUGGUCUUCUUGCCGCCGCUAUUGCCAACAUGGAUGGCGUCGGUGGAAAGCCUGGAUGGGCUUGGAUCUUCAUCUUGGAAGGCCUCGCCACUAUUGUCAUCGCAGUCAUCUCGUUCUGGAUGGUUCACGAUUUCCCCGAUGAGGCGACCUUUUUAACCGAAGACGAUCGCAGACGAGUCAUUAGACGCCUGAAGCUCGACAAACAGUCUUCUGCAGAGCACGAGCAGUUUAAACUGGCUUAUCUGUGGGCUAGCCUGAAAGAUUGGAAGACCUACACCGGCAUGGUAAUCUACAUGGGUUGCGAUGGCGCUCUCUAUGCCUUCUCACUCUUCAUACCCACCAUCAUUCAACAGAUGGGUUACAAGAACACUCAUGCUCAACUUCUUAGUGUACCACCAUACGCUGUAGCUGCAGUUGUGACCAUUGCCGUUGGCUUCAUCGCGGAUCGUACGGGCCAGCGAGGCUAUUGCAACAUGGCCAUGUCCUUUUUCGGAAUCACCGGCUUCGCCAUGCUUCUUGGUAGUGGUGACCCGCACAUCCAAUAUGCUGGCACCUUCCUGGGCGCCAUGGGAAUCUAUCCUUGCAUUCCUAACACCAUCUCCUGGACGGCCAACAAUGUCGAAGGCGUCUACAAGCGAGGUAUCUCGCUCGGAUUUGUGAUUGGUUGGGGCAAUCUGAACGGAAUCGUCUCCAGCAACAUAUACAGAACCGAAGACAAACCACGCUUCAAGCCCGGCCACGCCGUGGUCCUUGCCUACGAAACUGCGUGGCUUCUUGGAGGCAGCAUCGUCCAACACCUGCUGCUCCGCAGAGAAAACGCCAAACGGCGCAACGGUGAGCGAAAUGUCUGGGUGGAGGGCAAGACCGAGGAAGAGAUCGAUAAGCUCGGCGACAAGCGACCGGAUUUCAUCUAUACCCUGUGA